UAAGCAAAAUAAAAAUAAAAAUUGAGAACCAAAGUUGUGAGAUGGCAGAAUUGAAGUUGCUUGGUCUAAGUUAUAGCCCUUUUAGUCAUAGAGUUGAAUGGGCUCUAAAAAUUAAGGGAGUGAAAUAUGAAUUUAUAGAAGAAGAUUUACGAAAUAAGAGCGUUUUACUUCUUCAAUCCAAUCCGAUUUACAAGAAAAUUCCAGUUUUAAUUCACAAUGGCAGGUGCAUUUGUGAGUCUAUGGUCAUUCUUGAAUACAUUGAUGAGGCAUUUGAAGGCCAUUCCAUUUUGCCUAAAGACCCUUAUGAUCGAGCUUUAGCACGUUUUUGGGCUAAAUACGUCGACAAUAAGGCGGAAGCACUGUGGGAAAGUUUCUUCCUCAAAGGAGAGGAACAAGAGAAAGCUAAAGGAGAAAUUUAUGAGAUGUUGAAAAUUCUUGAUAAUGAGUUAAAGGACAAGAAGUACUUUGUUGGUGACAAAUUUGGAUUUGCUGAUAUUGUUGCAAAUGGUCCAGCACUUUAUUUGGGAAUUCUAGAAGAAGUAUCUGGAGUUGUUUUGGCGACAAGUGAAAAAUUUCCAAAUUUUUGUGUUUGGAGAGAUGAAUAUUGCACACAACACAAGGAAUAUUUUCCUUCGAGAGAUGAAUUGGUUAUCCGUUACCGAACCUACAUUCAGCCUGUUGAUGCUUUAAAAUAAGUACACCUCUAGGAAAUUUCAAGAUUUUGUGUGACAAUAAAAGUUGAGUGUUUGUAAAUUCAAUUGAAAUAUAUUAAAGUUGCAUGUGAUAAAUAUUCAUCUUUAUGUCACUAGUUUAUAUAUAAUUUGGAUCA